AUGGGGUCUUGUAUUGUUCGUGAGAAGACCGUUCGAAUUGCGGGUUAUGACAAUGUGGUCUUGGACCCGACCCGAACGCGCGAAGUUAAAGAGACGUUGGCUAUGGACAACAUGCGGUUCGACAAUGUCACGAUGAUCGAAUGGGACCUGAAGGACAAGGAGUAUGAAAUCAUUUUAGGUCAUCUAUCGUUUCGCCAGUACAAUCCGGUUAUAAAUUUGCGAGAUCAAAUGAUCACAUCGGUGGAAGAAGAAGUGAAAACUAAUGCUCUGUUCACGAAGGAUGCGAAGGAUGAAUUCUUAAGCUGA